AGACUGGCUGAAACCAUAGAAACGAAAAGUUUACUUCCACGACAUCUUACGGUUAACAUCAAGUUAACGUUACUUACAGUAUUCAUAUUUUGUACAUUUUAUUUGCAUGAAACUCAAAACACAGUAUAGCAUUGUUAAGAUAAAACUGAGUGUUGUUUAACCUAUUCUCGUGGCGUAGCUUAUCUUUGCUAGAGCUUCUGCAGUUCAAGUUAGCUGGACAGCUAAUGCUCGGCUUCAUUUGAAUGGAAAUGUUCAAAGCAAAAAUACUCUUUAUUGGUCCCAAUGAGAGUGGGAAAACGGUUCUUGCAAACUUUCUCUCAGACACAACAGAAAAUGUGGGAGGUGAAUACAGACCUACUCAAGGAGUAAGGAUACUGGAAUUUGAAUCAGAACCUAAAGGCAGUGGCGACAACACUACAUGUGAGUUUGAACUCUGGGACUGUUCAGGAGAUUUUAAAUUUGAAUCAUGCUGGCCUGCACUGAUGAAGGACUCCAGCGGUGUGGUGAUCAUUUUUAAUCCUGAUGUUCCAAGUCACCUCAAAGAAAUAGAGACGUGGCACUCGAUGUUCAUCUCCUCUCAAGGUUUGCAGGACAACCAGUGUCUACUCAUUGCUCACCACAAGCCUGGCUGCGGAGUAGAAGACAAACGGCUGCCCUUAGCCUCGCAUCUGAGCAGACUGCUGCUUAUUCACUCCAACCUGGAGGAGGAACCAGAAGAUGUGAGGCGAGCUUUCCGCAGAUACUUGGAAAAUGUUGUAAAUACAAUGUCGGAAAGUCGAGAGCGAGAGGAGAUGUCGAUCAUUACAUAGCUGCGGAAUCAAGAAGAACAUUUUCGUUGCACAAGACUGCCCUGAGGAUGACAUGUAAAGAUCCAAAAAUGGUCCCAUAAAAUGGGUUGUUAUAUUACCUGUAUUUGUGUGCAUGUGCAUUGUGUGAAUUUGAGAGAAAGAAAGAAGUAAAAAGCAA